GCUUUCAAAACAUUUCGUUCUAGUCUAGUUGAAGUUGAAACCUACCGUAACCACUAAACCACCCACUGGCACUAACAUAAGGUAGAGUAGCAGGUCUGAAAUGGCAGGAAUUCGAGCGGCAAAAGCAGCAUCGAUUUUGACUAGUCUCUGCCGACAGAAAAGGAUAGGGAGAUGUUCGUUCACCUCGAAGCGUUUCCGAAGUGACCAUGCCAAUUUGAACAAGACACCUCUCUAUGACUUCCACGUUGCUGCCGGGGGCCACAUGGUGCCGUUCGCUGGUUGGUCCAUGCCUGUCAAUUACAAGGAAGGGAUUACCAGUGAACACACAAACUGCCGGACUAAAGCUGUCAUCUUUGACGUGUCGCACAUGCUGCAGAGCAAAAUUCACGGCAAAGAUCGGACAAAAUUUAUCGAGAGUCUUACUGUGGCGGAUAUCGAGGGCUUGAAGGAAAACUCUGGAACACUCAGCCUCCUGCUGAAUGACAAGGGAGGAAUUAUCGAUGAUCUGGUGGUCAGUAAGACUGACCAGGGACACAUCUACAUGGUGACCAAUGCUGGGUGCUCUGACAAGGACACGGCUCAUAUACAGGGCAAGCUAGAAGAAUUCAAGGCUGCUGGUCUCGAUGUCACUUUUGAACCUCUUCAUGACAUGGGUCUCCUAGCUUUGCAGGGUCCCCUUUCGGCCCAAGUCCUGCAAGCUGGCAUGUCACAUGACCUGAGUCAGCUGACCUUCAUGACGACAAUAACUACGGACGUCUUCGGUAUCCCAUGCCGGGUGACGAGGUGUGGCUACACUGGAGAAGAUGGUGUAGAGAUUUCCGUUCCAGCCAGUAGGACAGUGGAGCUUACCGAGAGGUUGCUAAGCUCCCAAGAAACCACUGUGAGCAUGUGCGGACUCGGAGCAAGAGACUCGCUCAGGCUGGAAUCGGGGAUGUGUCUCUAUGGCAACGACAUUGAUGAAACCACGACACCGAUAGAGGCCACCUUAGCAUGGACAAUUGCCAAGAGGAGAAGAGAGCGGAGGGAUUUCCCGGCGGCAGAUCUCAUCUUGAAACAACUCAAGGAGAAACCUGAGAGAAAGAGAGUUGGCCUGAUAUCAAAAGGAGCCCCACCCAGAGCGGGUGCCAGCAUACUUGACGAGGCAGGCCAGGAAGUAGGCCAUGUGACCAGCGGCUGCCCCUCACCAACUCUAAAGGUCAAUGUUGCCAUGGGUUACAUCAAGACGCAGCUCUCCGCAGUAGGAACCGCAGUCAAAGUUCAAGUCCGGAAACGGAGCGUUGACGCUGAAGUUGCUAAGAUGCCUUUUGUCCCCUCCAAAUACUACACCGGCAAAUGAAAACCCUGAGUGGUAUAAAAAAAUAUUUUUGAAACUUAAGAUUGGUUUGGAUGUAAAAAUGUCAAAAUCCUGAAGUGCAACAAGUAAUAGUCGUACAAAAGGUGGAGACAAGUCUGCAGGUGUUGAACAAAGCUUAAGCGACGGUAAUACAUAUACAAAUGUUCAGGUACUGCUGCUCUGUUGGCACAAAGUUAUUUCAUGUCUACAUAACACAAGAACAGAUAACACAGUGCAUGUUCCGAGACUUACUGUCAUUGAUUCAACCUACUAGGAAUGGUGGUUAUCAAUUUUUAUGUAGGAAAAAUCCAAACUGGAUGGAGAUUGGAAUUUUGGCAUCCAGAAUACCGCAAUAAUUACCGAUGUGGACAGUCUUUUCGUUUGUUUGUUGGUUCCAUUACUCAGUUGUUGCUCUGCAGAAGUCAGCAUAGUAUUUUGAGGUGCAGGGUUGGAAUCUUACUGGAGUGUUCAUUAAGCUGGAUUUUUAAAAACUUCAUAUGGAAUAUGUUACUUAAUUUAUAUUUUUAAUGUUAUGUUUUAUUUUAUGCCUCAUUUUAAAUUCCUUUUCUCGAAUGCUUAGAAUUUGUUUCACCCCGUUUACAUGUCAAAUAGAUCUCAGUACUUUAGUUAAACUAAAGUAGAGUUGAUUGUAAGAGGGAAAUUGAAAAUUCACAUCUAGACAAAGAUGUCUAAUGCCCGUCAAGGAAGUUGGUUUUUGAAGACUGGGAUGCAUGUUGAUUUGCGUGCCUUGCCUUGGUUAAUGUAGCAUACAAGACAUGAGGCAAGACCACCUUUGAGGUAAACUUGUUUCACGUUUGGUGUUUGUUCCUUAUAGUUAUACACGUGUCUAAAUAGGUUGAACCUCGUUAAUAAGAGCAGUUAACACAAGAUUCUGCUAAUAACAAGGAAAGUUUUGGGUCCCAAUCCUUUCUUUUUCAUUGUUUUUAUUCCUGAUAAUACAAGGUUCCUGUUAUAACAAGGUAAUUUGCCAAGUCCGAAGGACCUCCUAUUAACGAGGUUCAACUACUUAGUUUGGAGGAUCCAUUGAAUGGGAUCGUGGUGUUUAAGAAUCGGAGGCAAAUGAAUGACUUAUGUAGCACAGAACUAUGCAUAAAACAUGUCCAGAAGCAGUGCUGCCGUUAUCAGUAAUGUGCAGUAUAAUCAUCGACAGUUGUACAUUGUGUUAACUACAUGUAGUUCUGUCGUGUUCUCCUUCUGUCAACCUGUGUAUGACGAUGAAGUUUGGUUCAUACAUGCAUCAAGUUGAUGUAGCUGUGAUCCCAGUAUUAAUCAGUAUUGCCCAUCAUUUUAUUACUGGUUAUUCUAACUGCCGUUUGCAAAUAAAAUUUGAAUUUUGAGCGAGCACCGUGA